AUGAAGCUCUCAAAUGCCGUCGCCUUCAGCCUCGUCUCCCUGCCGGGGGCGCUGGCCUGGGGAGGUCUCGGCCACAUCACGACCGCCUACAUCGCCAGCAACUUCGUUUCCAACUCGACAGAGGCCUACCUGAAGCAGCUCCUGCGCAGCAAUGAGUCCGACUACAUGGCCAAGGUAGCCAGCUGGGCCGAUUCGAUCCGGUACACCAAAUGGGGCCGAUUCACGAGCACGUUCCAUUUCAUCGACGCGCACGACAACCCGCCCGAGUCGUGCAACGUCGACUUUGAGCGCGACUGCAAGGAGACGGGCUGCGUCAUCACCGCGCUGGCCAACUACACCGAGCAGUCCCUCGAUCCCGCACUGCCGCCGUGGCGGCGCGCCCAGGCCGCCAAGUUCGUCAUCCACUUCGUCGGCGACCUGCACCAGCCGCUGCACAACGAGGACGUCUCGAGGGGAGGAAACGGCAUCCACGUCAAGUGGGAUGGCCGGGACUACAACCUGCACCACGUCUGGGACAGCUCCAUUGCGGAGAAGCUGAUUGGGCGCGGGAAGCCGUAUCUCGUGGCGCAGAAGUGGUCCGCUGCCCUCACCGAGAAGAUUGUCGGCGGCGCAUAUGCCGACGAGAAGGAGGCUUGGCUGGCAGACUUGGAUUUUGGCGACUUUGAGGCUACAGCAAUGGCCUGGUCGCGGGAAUGCAACAGCCUCGUGUGCGAAUAUGUCUUUCCCGAGGGCCCCAAGGCCAUUGUCGGCCAGGAGUUGAGCGGCGAGUACUAUGAAAAGGCGGCGCCUAUCCUCGAAAAGCAAGUUGCCCGCGCAGGAUACCGCAUGGCGGCGUGGCUAGACCGCAUUGUGGAUGAGUACAAGAAGAGAGAGGCCAACUACACCGGCGAAUUGCCAGCGGAUUAUGAUGCCGAGGAGCCUCUUGAUGAGCUUGACUUUGAGCUUGUGGACGAGUCAGAGAAGCCCUUUGUUGGAGAGUUGUAA